GAAAAAAAUAAGAAUAGUUGGCCUGCCCCAUUUUGCUGCCCAGGUGUAUUCCACUUUGCGUCCCAAAGUUGUGGAACAUCCCUCCUACCCUCUCUCACCUCUUUUCUCCCUCCUUUUCAUUUGAUGAUCACUUCUUCCCUGAGAUUACAAAACAACAAGCUUUCUGCUGAAAAGAUGAUUAAGCAAAUGGAAAUUUGAGACUGUCUAGCUGAGGGAGAUAAAGGUUUGGUUUGGCCGACGGAUUCUUGGAAUUUAGGUUUUAAGUGUUGCUUUUUAUAUGGAUAGAUCGAGUUUAGGAGGCGGGUUUUUAUCGGGGUCAAAUGGUCGAUUAUUGGAUAUGGAAAUGCCGGUUGAUAAGUUCCAACACCGUCAAAUGGGUCACUCAUUAAUGACCCAUCAAGCUCUUGAGUUACAUCCUAUGAAUAUGAUGAGUGGAGCUGAAAAUGAGCAACCACUUGGGUUCUUGGAGGCGAAAGGGUUGUCGUUGAAGGGCAUGUCUAUGGAUUUCAAUAAGGGGAAGGGCAUCUCUCUUGGGUGUUCGCCGAGUAAUAAUAAUACUAGUGAAGAUGAAGAGCCGAGUUUUACAGAGGAUAUGAAUGGUGAGAACUGUAAUGUUGCUAAGGAUAGAAAGGAAUCACCUUGGCAGCGGAUGAAGUGGACUGAUAACGUGGUUAGGCUUCUAAUAGCAGUUGUUGCUUCUGUUGGCGAUGAGGGAAUGUUCGAAGCUAAGGAUGGUUUGAAGAGGAAAUCUGCAAUGUUGCAAAAGAAAGGCAAGUGGAAGAUGGUCUCGAACGUUAUGAUCAGCAACAACUGUUCUGUGUCUCCUCAACAAUGUGAGGACAAGUUCAAUGACUUGAAUAAAAGAUACAAGAAGUUAAAUGACAUUCUUGGUAGGGGAACUAGUUGCCAAGUGGUGGAAAAUCCAUCUUUAAUGGAUGCCAUGCCGCACUUGACUGAAAAGGCGAAGGAUGAGGUGAAAAAGAUUUUGAGUUCAAAACAUUUGUUUUAUCGGGAAAUGUGUGCUUUUCAUAAUGGUCAAAGAAUACCUGGCUGUCAUGACAUUGAUUUACAAGCUCAUUUAUUGCCUCUGGCUAACCACCCAAAUGAAAACAAUCUUUCUGAGAUGCAAGAAGCCGACAGAAAUGAUGAGUCAGACAGUGAUGACUCUUAUGAAGAAGAUGAGAAGAAUAUUGAUACCAAAGCUGGGAGGAGGGAGGAAUAUUAUGCAAGAAGCAGCAGGAAUAGAGGCAGGGCUAGCUUCUCACUGUUGUCCAGUGGGCAGGAUUGUAAUAGAAUGGAAUUGGAGCCAACGUUUCCGGAGAUGACAAAGUCACCGACAGAACAGAGAGCCCAGAUUCAGCAUCGAAUGUUGCAACUUGAAAUGCAAAAGGUCAGGUUGCAGGCUGAGGCACUUGACAUUGAGAAACAGCGGCUGAAAUGGUUAAGAUUUCGCAGCAAGAAAGACAGAGAACUUGAGAAAUUGAGGCUGGAGAAUGAUAGGAUGAAACUAGAGAACGAUCGGAUGGUUUUGCUGCUUAAGCAAAAGGAAAUGGUGCUAGGUAUGCAAAAGUCAGAAACAUCAUUAGAGCGCACUUCCCUUAGCAUUGACAGAGGAAGAGAUGGAACCAAAACCGAUAGGCAUCUGUAGUAGCUGAAGGAAGUAGGUCAGUUCUCUUGGUGAAAUAUUGUUUGUACACUAUUUGACUUUAUACAAGCAUAGCUUAAUCCAAGUUGGAGAGUUGUGUUAUUGUAGUGCUGUUGAAUUUUGAUAUUCCUGAAAUUUAUGUCUUGAAUCCAGAGGUUGAGUGACUA